AUGUCCACCAACAAGAAACGGAACUCGGACGGCCCCGGCGCACCCGCUCUGAAACGACGAAAAGCAUCAACCAUCUCGACUGCCUCGGGCGCUGGAUUGGCACACCCGCUCAAACAGACCUCAUUCCCUCCCGACGACUCCUUCUUCGGCGUGCGAUCUCCCUCGGUCGAUAUCGACAACGCGAGCCUCGUUAGUGGCAGCCAGGUCAGCGCCGCCGCGCCCAUUAAGAAGAAGCGCGGCCGCAAGUCCAAGGCCGAGAAGGCCCGCGAGCAGACCCCGUCCGUCGCCGGCGGGCGUGCCGCCACCGCCGUUAGCGGUGUCAGUGGCGAGGGCGGUGGCCGCGGGGGGAAGAGCGUGGCUGGCGGAGCGGGCGGCGGCGAGGAGGGCGAGGGCGAUGACGAGGGCCCGACCGAGGUUGCCGCGACGGCCGACGUCCGCACCAAGGAGCAAAAGGAGGAGGAGCAUCGCAUGAGGGGCAUGCUCAUCAGUGCGCUGUCCGAAGACCAGUUCUACCGGUUUGAAAACUGGCGCGCCGCGAACCUUAGUAAGGCGUCGGUGAGGAGGCUUGUCAACGCGACCAUCUCCCAGUCCGUGGCCGAGAACGUCGUAAUAGGAAUGCGCGCCGUGGCCAAGGUCUUCAUCGGCGAUAUUAUCGAGAGCGCGCGCCGCGUGCAGGGGGAGUGGAUCGAGCGGCUGGACGAGAAACAAACCGACCUCCCGACACCACCCGCCACCGUCGCGCCAACGCCAAAUCCCGAAGGAGAAGUAGACACGGAACCGAGAGAGGCGAGAGAUCCGAGGGAGACGAGAAAUCAUGAAGUGGAAGACCGCCGGGGACCGCUGCGCCCAGAGCACCUCCGCGAGGCCGUGCGGCGAUAUAGGAGGGGCUUCGAGGGCGGCGGGGUUGGUAUGCAGCGGGUUUACCAUCAGCAGCAACAGGGCGGCGUGGAAAGGUUCCCAACGCGGACGGGAGGGCGCAGGAUAUUCCGUUAG